CCCUUUGACCCCAAGAAGGUGGAGAAGGCCUCCAGUGUGGACAAGCAGCUGUCAUCCUACAAGGCCCCCUGCCGGGGCUGCACCAAGAAGGUGACACUAGCAAAAAUGAGGUCGCACGUCAUGUCCUGCACUAAGGUUCAGGAACAGAUGGCCAACUGCCCAAAGUUUGUUCCAGUUGUCCCAACCUCCCAGCCCAUUCCCAGCAAUAUCCCAAACCGAUCCACGUUUGUGUGCCCUUAUUGUGGAGCGCGGAAUCUGGACCAGCAGGAGCUGGUGAAGCACUGUAUGGAAAACCACCGCAACGACCCCAACAAAGUGGUCUGUCCCGUCUGCUCCGCCAUGCCUUGGGGCGACCCCAGCUACAAGAGCGCCAACUUCCUCCAGCAUCUUCUCCACCGGCACAAGUUCUCCUACGACACGUUUGUG